AUGAAACAAAAUUGGAAAGCAAUGCCAAUAGAAUUUGGAAGAUCUCCUAUUAAUAUUCAAAAACAUCACUUAGCAGUAGAUUGGUAUAACUGGAUUGUCUUAUAUUCACUUCCACUACUUCACAAUUAUUUACUUAUAAG